AUUAGCCAAUCAAAAAGUGCGAGACGGAGGUGGGGGAGGACCAUGCAGUUACAAAAUAUGACCACAAGAGGGAGACAUUUUUCUGUUUUGUGUAGCCUAAAUAAAUAUUGCCAAGAACACAUUUUUGAAUUGUCCGCUCUGACAAGCGUUUUGGAAGAAAAGUUGUGCUUUUAACUUCGCACAGGAAAACCAAAGAUACAACGGUGACAAGAAAAGUAUUGUAACGCUCUGACUGUAAAUAAAGGUUUGUAAAAAAUGUUUAAAUAAAAACAGUCUGCUAUUACUUCCUGGUUGCCCGCCACCGCUCGUCAGCGUGGUAGCGGUCAUGCGUGGUCUGUAGAGUUAAUGGAACGCAGCAGCUCGCUUUACGUCACGGCUUUCAUUGUGACGUAAAUGCUGACGCGCAUUCCUUUGAUGACGUCACAAAGCGGCGCUAUCUCACUAGUGUACGAAGGAGAGCAGUCUCACUUGACACCAAACUACGGACAGAGGAACCUAGAAGAUGCCUUUCUUAACAGCAGCCAUCCUUUUUGGAACCUUUAUUAAUUCAGCAGUUAGAAAAACCUGUGAAUAUUUUUUUGAAGAACGAGAAAGUGAAGGAUUAGAUCUAGAGUUAGAUGAUCUUCAGUCAGAUUUUGACUUUUCCAUCAGACUUUCUCAAGCAACAUCUAACUUAGACAGAGAAAUAAACGAAUGCAUUCCUCAUGACGGGAUAAUUUCUGAAACUCCAGACAGCAACAGAGAGACAUCUUAUAUCCCGAAACACUCUGGAAAUGACUCACAUCAAGAAACGGAGACACACCUUAUCGACUCAGAAGGACAAAGAAAAAUAGUUUUGCCUCUGCUGGAAGCCGUUGAGUCAGAGGAUUUCAGCUACACAAGCAGCCAUCAAGCCGUCAGAAGUAUGUAUAUCACUUCAAACAACAGUCUUGAGAAAAACGAAUCCCAAAUUUUAGCUCUUUCAGAGAACGCCUUUGAGGAAAGUGAUGAAUAUUUUUCUGGUACCUCAGAAGAAAGCAUAGCUCCGUUUGACUCACAGGGCAAUAGCUGUGAGUUAUCGUCUUCUGAUGAAAACACCUCUGAAACAACUCAACAAUUUAUUGCGUCACAGGAGAAAUUAGGUGAGGAUGGAGCAGAAAUAUUGUUAGUCUCAAUGGGCAGAGCUGAUUACAUGUCUGAAACUUCUAAAUAUGACACCAAUUUGUUUAGAAAGAGGGAUGUUAUUGAGUUAUUGCCUUUAGAUCAAUGUGAAAUGCAGGAUUUUUGUAUUUCAAAGGAUAAUUUCGGACCAGUUGUUGAUGAGAUGUCACUAGCACAAGAUGACAGCAAUGGUGACACAUGUUUGUUUGAUCCACAGAAUGGUCAUUUAAAAUUGUUCUCUUUUGAUGCGAAUGUCGCUGAAACAAGAGGAACGUCUCUGACGUCACGGGAAAAUUUAGUUGAUAAUGAAACUAGGGUUUUGUUUGCUUCAGAGGGCGACGAAGAGUCGUUUGAACAGGGAUUCGACGAUUUUGAGCGGUUUUCUUUCGGUGAAAGCAACUUUCAAGACGAUGUUCUGCAUUUACAGGAAACGUUGGGACUUACUAAAACAGAGUCGGUCGUUUCACGGGACGGAUUAGGCGGGGAGGAGGCAGAGACGUCAGAUUCAGACUAUACUGACGACGUUUACGUCUUUUCUGAAGAUGAUACUGGAGGUCUGCUGGCUUCUCACAAACGUUUCGUAGGGACCGAAGCCGAGACAUUAGCUUCAAAAUUCAGUGAUACUGAGAUGAAUUUGUUUGAUCCAGAGAACAAUCGUUUAAGAAAGCUCUCUUUUGAUGCGAGUGUCGCUGAAACAAGAGGAAUGUCUCUGGCGUCACAGGAAAAUUUAGUUAAGAAUGAAACAGAAGUUUUGUUAGCGUCAGAACACGGCCAGGACUCAUUUGGACAGGAAAACAACGAUUUUGAGCAGCUUUCUUUUGGUGAAAGCAACUUUCAAGACGUUGUUCUGUAUUUACACGAAAUUUUGGGACUUACUAAAACGGAGUCGGUCAUUUCACGGGAUGGAUUAGGCGGGGAGGGGGCAGAGACGUCAGAUUCAGACUAUACUGACGACGUUUACGUCUCUAGUGAUGACGCUGGAGCUGAGACACUAGCGUCAGAUGUCCGCGAUAUUGAUGAGAAUUGGUUUUAUUCAGAGGACGAUAUCAAUGAAAGUUUGUCUUUCGAUGGAAGUGUCACUGACGCUGAAAUUUCUCUGGCGUCUCAGGAGAAUUCAGCUGAAGAUGAAGCCGUAUUGUUAGCUUCACAGAGUGUCGAAGAUUAUAAGUCUGUCACUGCUGCAGAGGACGGCACAGACUUACGUGGAUGGGAAUGCAACGAUUUAGAUAUUUUGUCUGAUUGUGGCAUCGCCCCUAAAUAUCUGUUGCUUAUAAAGCAAGUUAUAGAAGAAGUUAAAGCUAAAGCAAUAGCUUCAGAUGCCAGUGAUGAUGAAUUUGCUGCCUGUUCUCAGGUGUUUAGUGAGGAUGGGGCAGAACCAUCGCUUGCUCUGGUUGAAAGUGGCCACAGGACUUUGGCAAUACCAGAAGAUGAUAGCCAUGAUGGAAGUGCCACCAAAACAAAUCAAAUGUCUCUGGCGCCACGGGAGAAAUUAGUUUCCGAUAAAGUUUCAGAAGAGGUGGAUUAUCACAAGUCUGUCGCUACUAAAGGUGCCAACACAGGUGUGUGUACAUGGGAAUGCAACGAUUUUGAGAUUUUAUCUCAGUGUGGUAUCAAACCUAAGUAUUUAUUGCAUAUCAAGAAAGCCAUAGAGCACGUUGAAGCUAAAUCACUAGCUUCAGACGUCAGCGACAAGGACUAUUUAGUCAGGUCUGUAGUCGACUCCUAAGAUGUGGCAUUUAGCGAAGAUAGAGCAGAACCAUUAUUUGCUUUGGAUAAAAUUGAUGACAAGAAAAUGACAAAACCAGAAGACAAUACUCGUCUGUUUUCAUAUUUUGAUGAAACGUCAGCGCUCUCCUCGUCGAGCCGUUACAGACUAGGGUUGUCUGUCACGAACUCCUCCAGCUGACUGCAUUCCAUUCAUUCCUGCCACCAACGUGGCGACUGACGUCGUCACGCCGACACUACUUAAGGAAGUGCCGGCGUUUCAUUCAUUGCUCAGUCAUCGUUCUCACCAGACUUUGUAUCGAGUCUCCAGGCUUACCAGCCCUGAAAACCUUUCAAACUACACCUUCUGCCAACGACAGGUUCGUUGGCAGAUCUGAAGCGUGACUGAGAGUUCUGUUGCCCAGACGCGGAGAGACGGAGAUAACCGGCGUGGUUAUCUCCUGAAGGUGUAGUUUGGAAGGUUUUCAGGGCUGCUGGAGGAGUUCGUGACACAAAACAUCACUCUGCAAAUAGUGUAUAUAUAGUGAGACAAUUCAUGAUUUAAAGUGUUAACUUUCGCCAGUUUUUGUAUGCACGUUUUAAAAAAUGCUGAUACUUGAAAGGUUUAAGCACUUUAUACACUUAGUUUAGUUUAUUUAUUUCAAACAAAGAAAACAUACAUAUUUUUUUUAAAAUACCACAAACAGAAAAAAUACAUAUCAUCAUCUCUUCUUCUCUGUUUGAAAAGGAGUAGGCUGAAGUGGAAACUUAUAUGUCCCUACCCCUUUAUACAAGUAAUUUUUACUUGUUUACUAAAUCUAACACAAAACCUACAUUAAAACAAACAAAAUGGUACAAGUCACCAAAAAAACCAAAAACCACCAAACCAUAUGGAAAAAACAAAAAAAGAAGAAAAAAAACACAUCUUUUUACAAUUGGUACAAUUUACUUUCCCUUAGAAUAAAGGACACCCACAUAAAUCAUCGAUUUUCCACUAUA